UUUACUGGCUGGCAACAUCUCGCCGAGACACCCUUCAACAUAAAGUCAGGCAGGUGUAGAGUUCCCCUCGGGUGGAAACUGAAAACGAAGGUUAAAGGUUAUACAGGGGUUGUCCUCCAGGCUUGCAGUCAUCAAAGGUUCGCGGAUAUUCACGUUACCGUUUACUCUCUUUCAAGGACACCGACAUGCCUACGAUGUAGUUCAGGUGUAAUCGCCAUGAUUGGGACAUGGUCUAUGGUUCUGUUUUUGACGCUUUGCUCCUGUCAAGAUGGUGCACCCCCGGCGUUCCUGGAACCUGUGGAAAGUAAAACACUUUCUGUGGCAGAAAACAGCGACGUGACGCUGAAGUGCCGAGCCACGGGGCAUCCCACACCAGGUUACCGGUGGAAGCAUAAUGGAAGAAGAAUACCCGAGUGUUCCAGUAGUGGCGACCUGACUCUGACCAACGUGUCAGCCCAACACAAGGGAGACUACCAGUGUAUGGCUGAAAAUGAAGAUACCUAUGGAGCUACUGCAGUUGCCGCAUCCCAGCCCAUCACCUUGAACAUCUACAGCCAGUGCAAGACAUGGAGGAAAUCUAACAACUCUCGGUUUGUGCGUCAGGAAUUCCAGUAUCUGGCUUUAGAAUGUGAUUGUCCUCCAGAGUGCUUGAAGUCGAAGAUAACCUGGUAUAGAAGCGAACCUGCUCUCACACAGAUAAACAUUUCCAGAUACGAAGGAAGACUGCAUAUUGACAAAAAAGGUACCUUGCACUUCAUAUACACAACCGCCUCGGAUGGCGGCACGAUCUACCAGUGCGGGGUGACCUCUCCAGACCACUUCCUGCUUGGGAGGAAGUAUGAGGUAGCCAUCACGAAAAUCACCAGUCCACCAACACACCCUUCCCGUAUCAGGUCCCAGACAGUACAGCCCAGGUUUCUCGUGCGCCAAACAGCAGAUCUGGAGUGUGUAUUCAGUGGACAUCCAACGCCAGUAACGACGUGGAAGUACAUAAACGGUACAACUCUUCCCCACACUAGGAAGUUUGAACUCGUCCCUGGUUCCUUCGGCCGGAGACUCAGAAUCCGGAACCUGGCCAUAGACGACGGGGGACGCUACUCGUGUAGCGGUAGUAACGGCGUUACCGACGAGGCACACGUCGACGUCACGGUCACAUCCAAACCUGUUUGGAUGAAGCCGCUCACAGAUAUUACAGUUCCUGAAGGAAGAGUAGCUCACUUGAGUUGCAAAACAGGAUCAGUUGGGAGAGAAUCUCAGCCAGGGUUCCCUGUCUGGUACAACAAUGGUAAUGAAAUCAACCCUGCAAGCACAGGAGAUAGACGGUUCCAGUUCAGCAAGGACAGGAGUGUAUUGACCAUCGUGAAGGUUAAACGAAGUGUCGAUGCUGUUUGCUUUCAAUGCAAUGUUAGCAACGGUGCCGGAUACGUUUUUGGAAAUGGAUGUCUAAAGGUUACAAAAGGCAACAGAGGUCCAAGGACUGUAUCCAAGACUACUAUCCUGAUCGCGGCAGUGUGUAGCGCAUCUCUCGUUUUCCUGGCUGUCAUCUUCACCACAUUCAUCCGCAGGAUGUGGAAGAAAUCUUGGAAAUCAGAACAUCCUCCAAGAAGAAGCUCUCUCCCAGCCUACACGGACAUCGAGUACAGACAAGGAACGCCUCCACCGCCAUACGACCAAAUACAUCUUCAGUGCCUGCCAAGAGAAGGGGAAAUGUUAGAUGAAGACAGAGAUAAUACAAGUGUAUAUGACUAUACUGAACCAGGAAGUGACGUCAGGAAUCGCCCUUCUGUGGUGAGUCAGGGGGGCAUGUAUCUGACACCAUCUGAAGGAGAGGAUGACCCACCAUCAUACUUGUCCCUCAUCUGAACCAGAAGGGAGUUCAUACAAAAUCUUUCAUAUUUCUCACCCAUCUAAACUAAACGGGUCCCUGACGCCAAAUGAACAAUGGGAUGGUCCAACAUCAUAUCUGGCACUCUUCUGACACAGACAAGGAGUAUAUAAAAUCAUAUUGGGGAUAACCCACGUUCAUAAUUGCCAUGACGCCAAAAUCAUCUCCCAUCAUAUUUGCUACUCAUCUGAACCAGAUGGGUACUUGACAUCAAAUCAUCUACCAUCAUAUUUGCGGCUCUUCCUAACACCAGGACACCUAACACCAACCUAUCCAGAGGAUAACCCAACAUCAUAAUUCUCACUGAACUAGACGGGAGGCUUGCAGCGAAUCAUUCAGGCGAUAAUCUGACACGUGUGUGAACCAGACGGGCACCUGAGACCAACGUACCCCUCGGAAAACCGCCCUGCGUAUUCGUUACUCAUUUGAACUGGACGGGAAGCUUUCAUCAUCGGAUCACGCACCUUCACAUUUGUUGUUUAUCUGAACUUCGCGGGUGCCUGACUCUGAAUCACGUUCCACACUUCACUCGUCAGAGCUGGCAGCCAUGAAGUAGAAUCAGCUAUGUGGAACCUUUGUGCAGACAUUCUGAUAUGCUCUAGCUCAGUAUUAGAACCUUUAGAUAUGUGUGUGUAUAACUGUAUUGUACCUGUGAAGACCCCGGUUAGAAUCGAUCUUCAGUAACCCAUGCUGGUCCUAAGAGGCGACUAACGGGAUCGGGUGGUCAUGCUCGCUGACUUGGUUGACUCAGGUCAUCGUAUCC